UGGUUUCUAGUUCUCUUUGCGUCAAUUCAAGAUGGCGGCGGUGAGCAUGAGGCAGAGUGUUGUCAGAUAUCUUGGUAUUCUUUCUACUCGUAAUCCCAAACAAAAUUUAGUAAAAUCUUUGAUGACUAAAAAUAUUCAAAGACCUUCAGGACAAAGGCUCUUUUCAUCAGAGGUGAGGACCGUCACUUUGAUAYCUGGUGAUGGCAUUGGACCUGAAAUAUCAGAGGCUGUUAAAAAAGUGUUUGAAGCAGCAGAGGCUCCAGUGAGAUGGGAAGAAGUCAGUGUCACUCCAGUCAUUCUUCCUGAUGGUAGCACAACUGUUCCUCCUGCAGCUAUCAAUUCUAUGAACAAGAAUAAAGUGGGUCUUAAAGGUCCUCUGGAAACCAAGAUUGGAAAAGGACAUGUUUCCUUAAAUUUAACCUUAAGGAAAACAUUUAAUCUGUAUGCCAAUGUAAGGCCCUGCCGUUCAAUAGAAGGAUAUCCUACUGCAUAUAAUGACGUCGAUCUUGUUACGAUAAGAGAGAACACAGAGGGAGAGUACAGUGGAAUUGAACAUGUAGUUGUAGAAGGAGUGGUGCAAAGCAUAAAACUUAUAACCAGGAAGGCAUCAAUGAGAGUUGCAGAGUUUGCUUUUAGUUUUGCCAAGUCCAACAAACGAGCUUCUGUAACUGCUGUACACAAGGCCAAUAUCAUGCGCAGAUCAGAUGGAUUAUUCUUGCAGUGUUGUCGUGAGGUUGCGGAACGUAACAAGGACAUUCGGUACAAUGAGAUGUACUUGGAUACAACUUGUCUUAAUAUGGUAAAAGAUCCCAGUCAGUUUGAUGUCUUGGUGAUGCCAAACCUUUAUGGAGAUAUUCUCAGUGAUCUGUGUGCUGGCUUGGUUGGAGGUCUAGGUGUUACCCCUAGUGGCAACAUUGGAGCCGAUAAUGUAGCCAUUUUUGAAUCGGUACAUGGUACAGCCCCUGACAUAGCAGGCCAGGAUAAWGCUAAUCCAACUGCACUGCUGUUGAGUGCUGUGAUGAUGUUAAGACAUAUGAAUCUCAACCAACAUGCAGAUCGUGUAGAAAGGGCUGUCCUUGAAACCAUUAAAGAAGGAAAGAUGAUCACUGGGGAUUUAGGAGGCAAGGCCAGCUGCUCACAGUUUACUGAGGCUAUUUGUCAGCAUCUUCAAUAAUGUUUUAAUCUUUUAAUCAGCUGUUUUAUUAAUAUCUUCUGAUGGUAGUAACCCAAAAUGUGACCUUUCUUCUUAUGGGUUUAUUAUUCAUGUUAAUACAAUGUGUAGUUCAAAAAAUUAUCCAUACCCCCCUCACAGAGGAAUUUUUUUAAGACACCCCCUACCCCUGGAAAUUCCAAUUUUCUUCCAUACAAACUCUGUAAUUUUUGUUCUUUCUCUGACCCCCUACUC